AUGAGAGAAAGGGAGAGAUGGAGAGAGAAAAAGAACGAAAGAAAAAAAAAAGACAAGGAACCAAACAUUGACUUAGCUAAUAAUGCCAAAUUACCAAACGAAUCAUUGUCUGGUGCUAGUGAAUCACUUACUUCAAGAACAGUUGAAGCAGAAAAAACCGGUGCUUGUUCGGUGAACAGUGGUAGUAGUGCUAGGAUUAAAUUAGACGAAAAAGUACCAGAACCGGUUGUUUCAAUUCUAAUGAAGAUGGAACAAAUGAAUACGUUUAAUGAACUUGAUUCACGCUCUGUUGCAUCCAGACGAACCGGUUCAAGUAGCUCUGGUGGUACAUUAACUGAUAGCUUUAGUCCAAGGUCAAAUAAAUCGCGGGAAAAUAGUGUACCGGCAGAAGAUGAUGAAGAUUUGGAUCUUUGGGCUAUUUGGGGGAAUCUAAUCAAAAAUUGGGAGGUAGAAAUCCGGAAAAGGCCAAAUUAUAUUAAGGAACUUGUUCGUCGUGGUAUCCCUCAACAUUUUCGUACGAUAGCUUGGCAAUUAUUAAGUGAUGCUAAUGUAUCUACAAUUCAUGAUAUUUAUGCGGAUUGUAUGAGGAGAUCAUCACCAUAUGAAAAAGUUAUAUUACGUGAUAUUCCACGAACAUAUCCCGAAUUGGAAUUUUUCAAGGAUAAUGGACGUGGACAACAAGCUCUUUUUAAUGUUAUUAAAGCAUAUAGUAUACAUGACAAUGAAGUAGGAUAUUGUCAAGGAAGUGCCUUUAUUGUAGGACAAUUAUUAUUACAGAUGCCUGAAGAAGAAGCAUUUGCUGUAUUUGUACGUUUGAUGGAAGCGUAUCGUUUAAGAGAACUAUUUAAGCCUGCAAUGACUGAAUUAGGUCUAUGUAUGUUUCAACUUGAGUGCCUUGUUCAAGAACAAAUGCCAGAUUUAUGUACGCAUUUCAAUAAUAUGGGUUUUGAUACGAGUAUGUAUGCAAGCAGCUGGUUCUUGGCUCUUUUCACCACAACAUUACCAUUGGAAUUGGCUAAUAGGAUUAUGGAUAUAUUCCUUGCUGAAGGAAUGGAAUUUAUAUUUCGUGUAGCAUUGGCAAUUUUACAACAAGCACGGCUAGAUUUACUAAAACUCGAUAUGGAAGGAAUGCUUAAGUAUUUUCAACGUGAGGUACGUGAACGAUACGAGAAUGAUCAUGAGCUUUUGUUUGUUGUUGCUAAUAAAGUUACGCUAAAUGCUAAAAAAAUGAAAAAGUUGGAAAAAGAUUAUUUGACAAAACGUACUAAAGAACAAGAAGAAGCUAUCGAAUUAAGAAGAUUACGAACCGAAAAUCGCUUGCUAAGACAACGAAUUGAUUAUUUGGAACAAGAAAGUGCAGCAUUAGCUGACCGUUUAAUAAAAGGUCAGGUAAAUUUAGCGCAAGAAGCGGAAAAUUGCAUGAGCAUUUCACAUGAACUGCUGAAACUUCGCGAUAUUAAUUCAGACGCUCAUCGGCGAUUGGAAGAAGCAUACGAUACUAUUCGUGAUUUAAGUUGCAAAAAGAAUGAAGAAUUAACAGAGUGUGCUACGCAAGUGGAUGAUACAUCAAUGAUUGAGCAUAUUCAUGCAUUACAACAAGAGAUCAUUGACACGCGCGCACGUGAAGCAGAUAAUGAGAUUAUUAUCAAAGAUUUGAAACUUCGAAUUCAGGAGCUAGAGUUAGCAAAUAAAAGGUUACGUGAACGUCCACCGGAUGAUGGCGUCGCCGGUUUACAGGAAGAAUUAAUCUCGGUAAAAAUGCGUGAAGCUGAAGCUUCUUUAUCUCUUAAAGAAAUGAGACAACGACUUGUCGAAUUAGAACAACAUUGGACGAAAUAUGUCAGUAAUCGUGUAUUAGAAAGUAAUACGUCAAAAACGUGUUUGGAACGAGGUGCAACACUUUCGAAUUUUAACUUACAGCUACAUAAUACUGCAGCUGGCGAUUCGCAAGAUUUAGGUGUCACAUCAAAUGACAAAGUGUCACAACAACAACAACAACAACAACAACAUCAACAACAACAACAACAUCAACAACAACAACAACAACAACAGCAGCAGCAACAACAACAACAACAACAACAACAACAACUUUCAACGAUAGUACCACAAAGUGCUCGACAACGUUUAGCCAAGUUAACAGCAACUUUAAUUGGUACAAUCAACGCAGAAUCAUCAGAUCCUGCUAGUGCUUCAGAUUCUUACGGCUAUGUGACGAUAAAAGAACUUGAAGAUCAAUUAAUGGGUGUAAGAAUUCGAGAGGCGGAUACUGUUGCUGAAUUAAAAGAAAUGCGCCAAAAAGUGAUGGAGUUAGAGACACAAAAUCAUGUUUGUACAAAUCAACUCAAACGUCAAGAUGAAGAAAUGAAACGAUUAAGAGAUGAAAAAAGUGAUAUUUUGCAGCGUCAAAAAGAACUUUCUGAUCAAAUUAAGGACGAACGACGUAAAGCGAUUGAAGUAGAAAGUGAAUUAAAGGAACGAUCAGUGAUGGAACGAUUAAAGUAUAGUGAAGCAAUGCAACAUAUUGCUGAUUUGAAACAAGCUAUUACUCAUCUUGAACUUAGAAAAGCCGAGAAAUGGACACACACUCAGUUAAGAGGGAGCUCAGUUUGUGAUUUGGACGAUGAUUCUUUAACGGGUGCAAUUGGUUCACAUGUUAGCGGUGAUGCUGUUUCGAUCACCAGCGAUGAAUUAACAACAUUAAUUGCUGAUAUGCAAGUUCGAGUUCCUGAACUUCCGGAACUUUCAGAUGAAAAUGUAAUAUUGGUGAAAGAGAAUGGUAUUAUUCCAAGUUGUAGCAAGGACCAUCUUAAAGAUGAUAUACGACGGAUGUUGGAAGAAGAUGGUAAUGAUACAACAGAUAGUGGUUUUCAAACAAGUGAUACAUCAUAG